GGAUUGGAGAUUAGCCAUGACAGCGAUUAACUGAAUAACGUGUUGCGUUAUUCUCAUCAGGCACUCUGUUUUUAUUACUCUACCAACAACACAUUAUGAUUGAUGCUAUAGUAACCUUAUUGCAAUAACGUCAAUUUUUAAACUGCAAAAAACACAGAAUUUUGAAAAUGGAGUUCCACUUUACCUCAAAAUUGGAGGAGUAUUAUCAAAAAUUUGUCGAUCUUCAAGAAAAAUUAAAGAAAAGUGAAGAAGAGCGGUUUAUUUUGGAAACUAAGUUCAAUGACAUGGUGCAAGUUGCAAAAGAAGAAGAGCAAGCCCAUUAUAGAAAACUCCGUUCCCAGUACAAACGCUUCCUGGAAGAGGACAAAAAACGUCAAGACCGAAACGAACGCAUCAUCAGAAACCUGGAACGCAUAGAAACAAGAAUCUCCAUGCUUUCAGCGAAAACAGAUCGUAUCAACCUGCUCAGACGACAAUAUCAAAACUUUUUAUUGAGAAUAGCCAAUCCGAAUCGAGAGAGAAAACUUCCCGAUUCAGGAAUCAGUAGAGAACGUUCGUUUAUAAGGGAAGAACCUUUGAAAAAACAACAAGGACCUCUAUUCAGGGAUGAUUUUUCUUUACCAACAAACAAUAUUAAUUUGAAACAGCCAUUAUUCGAGCAUCCAACAUCCUUUGAAAAAAAUCAUCACCAAUCCAAUGAAGAAAAAAUUGAAAUCCUAGAUAGAUAUUUGCAAAGCAUUUCGACUCAAAGAUGCAGGGAUUUAAUUAAUCAGGAGAAAACCUGCACGCGAAGUAAUCCUUUCUGUAAAGACGAUUGUGCACCGUCAGGCAAUCAUGCUACAGCAAUUGCUGAUGACAUAAUGAAUUCUAUCUAUUCUAGAUAUUAUAAUAAGGUUGAUGAGAAUUUAGGUAACCAUGGUACAGAGCCAACGGUGGAAGAUUUGGAACAUGCAAGAAAUAUGAAAGCAUUUGAGAGUAAAUUUGGUGCUUUGGACAAGACAUGUGAUAAUGAGUCAAUGGGUGAACAUGAGGAUAAAAAUGAAACAAAACCAUCGGUGUAUUUGAAUGAAAAAAUUGAUGUUACUGUUACUGAAGACAAAGAUUAUAAAUCAAUAGAGAUUGUAAUGAAUGCUAAGGAUCAAAUCUCCAACGAGACUACAAAUACACAACAUAAAAGCGAAAACAUUGUUAAUGAAGCUGAAACAAUUAAACCAAAGCCAUCAGCAAUAAUUAUUCCUAAUGAUUCAUUUAAUAUUCAACAAGCAAUAAUUGAUCCCAUUGAUUCUAGUUCCACAGAGAAUGUUAUUCUAAUUUCAAAUGAGAAUCCACAACCACAAUAUGAAGAUACUAUAGCUGCUGAAGAAAUGUAUCAACACCCUGAUAAUGAGGAAACAACGCAAUUACAAGCUAAUAUUUCAGAAGUGUAUCAACAACCCGAUCAACCGUUAGACAAUCAAGAUAUGAGUCCAGAAGUCACUCAUCAAACUUUACUAGCUAACCAAACCCAAGAAGUAUAUGAUCAGUCUCAAGAAAAGGCACAUUUUGAUCAAAGUGAAGAAGAGCAAGAGGUGCAGUACGAGCAAAGCGUUCCAAUUAGUCAGAUCAUUCAACCAUUGAAUAAUGCAGAAAUAGAAAACAAAGAACAUCAGCAAGAAACUCCAUCACCCAAUGAUCAAGCUCAAGUUCCACAAAAACAUUCAGUUGAAAAUGAACACAUUGAAAACAAAGCCUCAAUAGAUGAUCAACAAAAUGAACUUAACCAAGAAUACAAUCCACAAACUCAAUUUGAUCCAACACAAUAUGUCGAUGAAAAUGGUCAACCUUUACAAUACGAUCCAUCCUACGAUCAACAACAAUUUGAUGAAAACGGUCAACCGAUCCAUUAUGAUCCUGCUUCAGGCUAUGAUCAAUAUGGUCAACCGAUUUUGUAUGAUCAGCACGGACAAAUAGUUCAGCCUCAGUACGAAGAGAAUGGACUAAUUAUACCUCAGUACGAUGAAAAUGGACAAUUAAUCAUUUUAUACGAUCAAAGUGGAAAUGUUUAUGGCCAGAAUGAGCAGCAGCAAUAUGAUCCAAAUGGAGAAGUGUAUGAACAAUAUGAUCAAAAUGUUCAAUAUGAUGAGAAUGGCCAACCGAUUUACGAUCCAAGUUAUAAUUAUGAAGCGGACCCUAAUCAACAGGGAUAUGAAGCUGAUUCGAAUCAACAAGGGUACGAAGUUGAUCCAAAUCAACAAGGGUACGAAGUUGAUCCAAAUCAACAGAAAUAUGAAGCUGAUCCAAAUCAGCAAAAAUAUGAUGAUCAUUAUCGGGCAGUUGAUGAUCAGGGAUUUGCUGCAGUCAAAGAUGAUCAAAUUGUAGAUGAGGGCAAAAAUGAUAAUAAAGAUGAAGGUGAAAGAGAGAUCAAAGAUGAAAUUGGAAAUGAUGAUAAGGAUGAUGGUCAAGAAAAACAUGAAAUUUUAGAAACAAAAGAUAAAAAUGAUGUUGAAAAAGUAGCAAAAGUGAUGGACAUUUUGGAUACUGACACUGAGAGUACCAAGCAAAAUACUAGCAAAAUAUCCAAUGAUACUGAUUUUGAUUUUAGCUAAAUUUGAGGGAAACAAAGGAGACUGGAGAUAGAAGAUAUAGGAAUUUUAACUUUAAAUAUUCACUUUGUUGUUAGUUGAUUGAAUUGAUUAAAUAUAGAUAAAAAUAUAGUUGAUAGAAAACUUGUUUGAGUUUUAAAAUAUUGUCUCAUUUACUUUUUUUCUACAGCAGAAAUCACUUAAACCAUAAAUUUUAAAGGCCGAAGGGAAAGAUGGCAAUGAAAUAAAAAAUAAUAAUACGGUCAAGAAGCAGCAGAAGGAAAAUAUGUGAAAAGAGGACACAGAUAGCAAAUAAUAAAGACAAUAAAAAAAUACUGUAACGCAUCUAUCUAUCGAAACAGCAAACAUGGACCUUUUUUUUUUGUUGUCGAGUCGAGGAAGAAGGGUGUAAGGGUACUGGGCCAGGUAGUUUCUGUAUUGUACUCACCGUAAUGGAGUGGCAUUAGAAACAGCGGAGUUGCCGUUCGCUAAGCAAUGACGUUGCUCGCAGGUACAAACGGUAUCAAGAACACCAAAAAAAAAAUGUAAGUACGCUAGACUCUAGACAUGUUAGUUCGACACCAGGGUUUUUUAAAAGAGCAAGUUCACAAAGUACUGAUAUGGCGGAGAUUCACGACGUUCCUCGAGUAAGUCGACCUGGAAAUUUCAAGGAUGCUGGUGUCUCGCUAUCUCCUCCAAAUUUGGAUGACACUGAAAAUCUCAAGGCUGUAUGUGUUCAAUCAACCUCUACAAAUCAAAGUAGGCGACCAACGGAUGCACCAGAGCGCGAGUCCUAUCGCGUUAUUACAACACAAUCACACCGCUCCAUUGUGCGUGGAGCAAACGUUGUGCGCAGCACCUCUUCAAGUAGAAGCUCACAUCACACUACCGAUUCAACUUUCGCAGCUCAGAAACUACGAAUUGAGCAGCUGGAAAAUUUUGUGAACCAACUCUUGAGCAAGGAAGUGACAAACAUCACACAAAAUUAACAGUGAAUCCAAAUUGCAUUCCUAAAUUCAAUCCAGCAAAUGAGAAUGAAAGCUGCAUCAGGUGGUUGGAUAAAAUAGAUCAUCUGGCUCAUAUAAAUCAGUGGGCCAAAAGAGUUGUGAUUUAUCACAUGCAAAGUAAGCUAGCUGGUUUAACGAAAACCUGGUACGAUCAUCUGGAUGUCUAUAGACGUUCUUGGAGUGAGUGGAAUGGAUGGAAUGGAAAUUCAAAAUUUCAGCACUUAAGGUCAUCAAUGGUACUUUAUGAACAACAAUUUUCAAACAAAAUUUUUCCAUACUCUUAAUGAUUUAUUCUUUUACUUUUAGUGGUUCCCAUCCUUCACUAGGGAUCAUUUUGAACAGAACAAUUACUGUACUCGGAUUCCUAGCCAACAAACACAAUUAUUUAAUUCUUAUUAGUUCGUUACUAUAGCCCUUAAACUUCAAUUGGACAAUGCAAUUCAACAUUAUUUAAUAAUUCCUACUCAAAAUCGAAUAUUGUUAAGAGCAUUAUAAUUUUCCUUUGUUAAUUCUCUGCAAAAUUAAUUAAAAU